AGAGAGAGAGAGAGAGAGAGAGAGAGAGAGAGAGAGAGAGAGAGAGAGAGAGAGAGAGAGAGAGAGAGAGAGAAAGAAAGGGAGCGCUACACCGCUUGCCUCAAUAGCGUAGGACUCCGGGACCUUUGGAGUUGUGUGUGCGCUUCCUGACACACGCACAGCCAUUGACACACACACACAUAGCCACGCACACUUUCAAACUCACACACACACAGAGGAGUCUACUGCUCACUGCCCUUCUUGUGGUGACGGUGAUACUAAUCUCUGUAAGGGAGAGAGAGAGAGAGAGAGAGAGAGAGAGAGAGAGAGAGAGAGAGAGAGAGAGAGAGAGAGAGAGAGAGAGAGAGAGAGAGAGAGAGAGAGAGAGCAGAUUUUUCCCUCUCCUCUCAUUCCUGAGGACUAUUUCACCAUGGCACCUGUCAUGGAGGGAGCCACUCACCGGGACUAACCUCUCUGACGGGACGCUAACUAACUAUCUAACUAACUAAGCCACCACAGCGGGACCCAGUGAGAAACGUAAUCUGAAAGGAAGUGAGGAGAAGUGAGGUACAUCCUACACAGCACUUCGGGACGUGGACUCUUCCGGAAUACAUCCCAUGAUCCUUCACUGCGAGGACAAACCCUGAGUGGAUGGACCAAGUCGGACCGGCCUAGUCAGAAAAUUGGAACCGAAAAAAAAAAAACAAGAACAUCCUGCUUCUGGCUCAGGGAAAUACACCUAAACCCCAGUUUGAACGCACACCUUCCACGCCGCCAAGAUGAUGACCAUGAUGGUGAUGACGGCGGCCAUGAUGGUGACCUGCGGCUCUCUGGUGCUGCUGGGCGCCGCGGCGGCGCAUGCUACCUCAAGCGCCACGCCCCGAGCUGCCCCUUCAUCUGCCCCCAGCCCGGCCUCCUCAUCGGCCUCCCCCCGCAUGAAGCUAUCCUACAAAGAGCUGCAGCAGUUCCACGGUGUGAGGCGCUAUGAGCUGGACCGCUCAUGCUGCUUCGGCGCGCUGCUAUUGGACGAGGAAAGGGGCCGGCUCUUCGUUGGCGCCAAGAACUUCCUGAUCUCGCUCUCGCUGGAGAACAUUGGCAAGCAGGAGCAUAAGAUCUACUGGCCUGCCCCGGUCAACUGGCGGGAGGAGUGCAACUGGGCCGGCAAGGAGAUCAACGUUGAUUGUGUGAACUACGUGAAGAUCCUGCACCACUACAACCGCACCCACCUGUUCGCCUGCGGUACGGGGGCCUUCCACCCCACCUGCGCCUUCGUGGAGGUGGGACAGAAGUUUGAGGACGGGGUGUUCAGGAUCGACCCCACCAAGUGGAGGACGGGAGAAGGGAGGAGUCCCUACGACCCCCGCCACACAACCGCCGCCUCCGUCCUGAUCGGCGAUGAGCUGUAUGCGGGGCGUGCCACCGACCUGAUGGGGCGGGACUUCACCAUCUUCAGGUCCUGGGGAAAACGGCCGUCUAUUCGCACGGAGCAGCAUGACUCACGCUGGCUCAAUGAGCCAAAGUUCGUGGGGUCCUUCUGGGUGCCUAAAGCGAGAAACCCGGACGAUGACAAGAUCUUCUUCUUCUUCCGGGAGACGGCGGUGGAGGCGCAGGGCCUGGGCAAGUCCAGCUACUCCCGCAUCGGACAGCUGUGCAGGAAUGACAUGGGCGGCCAGCGCAGUCUGGUGAACAAGUGGACCACCUUCCUGAAGACCCGGCUCAUCUGCUCAGUCCCCGGAGCCGACGGGCAGCGACACCUACUUCGAUGAAUUGCUCCAUUUCCAUCAGUGAUGUGUUUUCUGUUGCAGACGCGAGACAGGAAGAAUCCUUUGGUCUACACGGUCUUCUCUACUUCCAGCAGUGUAUUCAAAGGCUCGGCGGUGUGUAUCUACACCAUGAACGACAUCCGGAGGGCUUUCCUGGGCCCCUUCGCUCACAAAGAGGGCCCUAACUACCAGUGGGUCCCGUUCCAGGGCAAGGUCCCCUACCCGCGCCCCGGCAUGUGUCCCAGCAAGACGUUCGGCAGCUUCGACUCCACCAAGGGUUUCCCUGACGACGUGAUCCAGUUUGCGCGGCACCACCCGCUCAUGUUCAACCCGGUGUACCCGCUGAACCGCCGGCCCGUCUUCCUCCGCACCAACGUGGAGUACAGCUUCACCCAGGUGGCCGUGGACCGGGUCAACGCCGCCGACGGCCAGUACGACGUCAUGUUCAUCGGCACGGACAAAGGGACGGUUCUGAAGGUAAUCAGUGUUCCCAAGGAGCGCUGGAACAACAUGGAGGACCUGCUUCUGGAGGAGCUGGAGGUCUUCAAGGAUGCCUCAUCCAUCAUCAACAUGCAGAUCUCCUCCAAACGGCAACAGCUGUACGUGGGCUCGGACACGGGCAUCGCCCAGGUGCCCCUCCACCGCUGCAGUGUGUACGGGAAGGCGUGCACCGAGUGCUGCCUGGCCCGAGACCCCUACUGCGCCUGGGACGGCACCUCCUGCACGCGCUACCUGCCCAACACCAAGAGGCGUUUCCGUCGGCAGGACGUGAGGAAUGGAGACCCCAACACUCUGUGUUCUGGAGACCACCACAAGCAUCGCGUGAUCGAACGGAAACUGUACGGAGUGGAGAGCAGCAGCACAUUCCUGGAGUGUAUCCCCAAAUCCCUGCAGGCCAGAGUCACCUGGACCUUCCAGAAGAACCCACAGCAGACUCGGGAAGAGGUGCGUCUGGACGACCGGGUCCUUCAGACGGACAGGGGCCUUCUGAUACGCCGGGUCUUGAAGAAAGACGUCGGCGUCUACCAAUGCCACGCCAUGGAGCACGGCUUCACUCAAACCCUGCUGGGCAUCACGCUAGAAGUGGUCCCCUCCAGCUCCUCCUCCACCUCCAUCUCCAACCUGCCCUCCGACUCCCCCGUCCGAUUGGAGCCCCGCAGCGGGGGCGGGCCCUCGUCCACCAAUCAAAAGCUGUGGUACCGGGACUUCAUGCAGCUGGUGGACCACCCCAACCUGAGCACCGUUGACCAGAUAUGCGAGCAAGUUUGGGCGCGCAAGGCGGCAAGCGACCUAUCGGAGAAGGCCGCGGUAAAACAAGCCCCGCCCGUUGCCCCGGUCAACAGGCCGCCCAACAAGAAGUGGAAGCACCUCCAGGACAUCAGGAAGGGGAGGAACCGGCGAACCCACGACGGGAAGCAGAACCCGCGGGCCCCGCGCAGCGCAGGGGAAUAACCGGGAAGGAGAGACGGUCCAUGGCGGAGAGAGAGAGAGAGAGAGACCACGGUUUAGCAGAAGAAAGAUACAAACGAAAACAAAAUGUUAGAAAGACAUGGAAAGAGACCAAAUCAUCAUGGAUGGGUCGAAAUACACCUGCACAUGCACAGUACACACAAACACACACACACACACACACCACACAUGCACAAACAACAAACACACAUUGGCACGCAUAUUUACGUGCACGUACAUACAAAGACCGACUUGUAUAUUUAGCUAUGGACGUCCCCUAACUAUAUGGUACCCUCCCCUCAGCCCCGCCCAUCCACCAACUCCUCUACCAGACAACCUCUCGCACCUCUGGCAAAUUAUGCAUGCAUCCCCCCCCCCCCAAAAACACACACACAUUGCCCCUGGUUCUGCAUGUGGCUCGCUCGGUGAAUAUGACUCAGUAAGCUGUAAAACAAAGGAGGACACCCAUCCUCCUCAACUCUUUCUCUAGGGGCACAUUUAGUUACAGACACUCGCUCUCCCCCCCCCCCCCCCCCCCCCCCCCGCCCCCCCCCCCCCCGGCCGCUUUGCUGUGGAGAGCGUUUCUCGGGAAAACGUUCUAACAAAUCGAACACGCUGGGGAAAACUUUGUCUUUCGCUCUUUUUUCUUUUUCCUCUGACCCACUACUGCAUCCUGCGGAAAAUAUGACCCCCCCCAAAACACUCCCAUGGACACACUGUGCUCAGCCGCAGGGUGGGGUCUGUUGGAACCACAGUGGAAACGGGCCGAACCCGGUGGACCAGCCGGCCACUAGCGGCAGCGGUUCUGGACUAUGAACCGAGCUAGCACUCCAAACACUCAAACACUCCACAUGGGAUGUACUGGAAAAGGAUCGGAGAUCGCAGAUUGUCGCCAGCUCACGCACACACUUAAAAAAAUGCAAAAAUGUGGCAAAUGAGCAUCUUGUGCCGACCCUGCUGCAAGUUGCGAGUGUUUCUUCAUGCGACGGAUAUUCUAGUGAAAUUAAACCAAAACAACAGAACGGCUUUCCAUAUUCCACUCGGCUGGGAGAGGGUUUUGGCCCAUGCGAUGGUACUAAUGAGGGCUGUUUCUGCUCAAUUCGUCUACAUCACGAGCAGUUGAAGAAGAAAGUCAUACCGAAAGUCAAUCGGAAUUGCACGCGUCAGAACAGACGUUUUCCAAUGGCAAUAACAUUUUGACAGCACACCAACAAAAACACAAAGAAAUCACUUCUAGUCCUAUCACACCAAUAAACGAUCCCCCUGUGUUGCUCACAUUUGACCGUUGACAAUUGAAUGCAUAUUCAUUUCACAUUGUAUGGAGACAAAAUCUCUCUGAAAAAAAAACAUAAGCAGGAGCCAAUAACUGUAUUUACAAAAAAGACACUCGUUCUUGCUAGAAGUCUUAAAAGUCUUAGCUAUAAUCGGCGACCCACAGCCCUCUGUUAUACCUCCCAUCCCACAUGUGAGGAGGACAUGAGACUCCUUCUAAGCGUUAGCAGGACAAGGAGCAGGAGGAGGAGAGGAGUGUGAGGACAGAUGGGGGGGUGGGGGAGUGGGGGAUGAUGAUGGCUUGACAAGACCCUUCUCUCUCCGCGAAUCCUAGAACACUUCCUUCUUAGUAUGACAACCCAUGUUUAUGGGCCAAUGGUAUAUAUUAGCAUGAUAUUUAUGAGUGAAACUAUUAUUUGUAUUUUCAACUGUACUUCUACUUUUUUCCACUGUUGUUGAAUAUGUUUGUUUUUUGUGAUCUAUGAAUAUAUAUAUGCAAAAAUGUUAUAGAUGACUGUGACUCUGACACAGGGACAUAAACACCGGAAACUAAUUUGCCAUACGGUACUAAAUAGACAAGUGAACUUCACCGUUCAUCAGCCGGUACUAAAAUGCACAGAAAGCUGUUCUUUGUUGCCACUAACACUUUUUUCUCACCGUUUUGCUGCAAUAUAGAUCUGUGUAAUCUUCACACAUGUAUCAACAUUUCUUAUAUCUUUUUUUUUUUUUACAGCAUUUAAGUCAUUUUUUAGUCGAGGACUGUAAACUUUUGCUGCUCAAGUCUUCCGAUUGGACAAUGAGGACAAUAACGACCUUCUAGUCUCUGUCUAUAGUCUUAUAUCUUUGUUGUCUGUAGCUGGUGGUAGUUUUUCUGACCAGAUGAGUGGCAGAGAAAACCCGUUUGUUGGCCCCCAUGUGAUAAAUGGGUUGUGUAUACCGCCCCCUAGUGUCCAUUGUGUGCGCAUACGCUCCUUGUGAGUAUCCAUCCGUGGUACAUUUACAUUGUAGUCUUUGGAUAUGAACGACGACAGUUGGCUUUGUAAGAUAAAACCUUGCUUUUACAUUUCACAUUUUAAAAAGUCAAUAUUUUUUAUGGAAAGAGGCCUAGUUUGUAUGGCUCACACACAGCAGGAGUGAGCUCAACCAUAUAUGUUUAACAACGUUAGCGACCUACAGCCAAUGCAAUACAUAUCUGCCUUACAAAACAGUUGAACCCGUUCAUAAUAUUUCGAUUACAAAUAACUUUUAGAGAGAACCUAACCGUAAGGUAAUGUUUUUCUGCGUUCCUGCAGAGCUGUACAAAGUGGGCCAACGAGUGGACUUUAGAUGUAUGGAAUCAUUGUUGUUGUUAUUUAUAUUCCUUCUAUCUAUAUACAAGUUGUAAUUAACUCAUUAAACUGAAUUUUGAAGCUUGGUUGCGGUUUGUUUAAAGGGACGCUCAACAAGUUGACAUCGUAUCUAGAGAUAAGCAGCAAAAGGAAAAUCCUACAUAUAAUCUAUAACUGACACUGGCUACAACAAAGUCAAUGCAGUGUUGACUAUCCCUACUUCAGAUUGGGAACAUGAGUGAGAUUCAAAGCAGAUUUGAAACUUGCUUCGUUGUUUUCGGAUGAUGUUACAGGAGUCUCCCGUAAAACCCGCAGGUUCGAAGCCUUGUUAAGAAGUCGCAUGGCCAAUGUUGGUUGCUACAUGCGUAUGACAAUGGUGAGUUGGAGCAAUAUUCUAAAGCAAGAUGAGAGAAAAAGAAAGCACAAUGUUGAAUAGUAUUAGUUAUACGUAUUUAUGUGCAAACAUAAACUGAUAGGUUGUGGUGGAUUAAAAAAAAAAAGACAUUAUUUUCAAGAUACUUAUGUAGGCCUAGGCCUAUAGCUUUUCAUGCCCUUCCGAAAAAGACACAUCCCCCAAAGUUUUUCCUUACUAGCCUACUAAUAAGGAAAAACAAUUCCUAAACUCCUUGUCCAAUUAGAAUCAUUGUUCUUCACACCUGUAAGUCCUCCAGUAAAUAUCCUGUUGUAUGUCAUGUGACACACCCCUGUAUAAAGACUUAUUAGAAUGAAAUAAGGUAUGUUUUCCUGAUUGAGUUUGCAUUGUGAGUGUGCAUGUGCCCUUGCGUGUGCGAGUGCAUGUGUGUGUGUGUGUGUGUGUGUGUGUGUGUGUGUGUGUGUGUGUGUGUGUGUGUGUGUGUGUGUGUGUGUGUGUGUGUGUGUGUGUGUGUGUGUGUGUGUGUGUGUGUGUGUGUGUGUGUGUGUGUGUAUGUGUGUGAAUGUUUGUGUGCGUGUGCGUGUUUUUGUGUGUGGUUGCGUGCGUGCGUUCGUUCGUUUGCAAAUGUUUCGGAUUGACGGAGAUACCCUGUAAAGAAAAAGGAUUAGGUUUGUUUCUGAAAGGCCAAAGUUAAGGUAUGCACUGCAAUACUCCCGAGGCUCUUUGUGAACCUUUGUGUAGGAUUGUUUUUGAUUAACACAAUAAAAAAGUAUCCAGUUAGUA